AUGGGCAACCGUGUUGGUAUACACACAGCGCUGUCUCAACAUCCCGAUGCAUACAUCUACUACUCCUCGGCUACCCACUAUAGUGUCAAGAAAGUGAUACGUGACAGCGAUUAUGUUACGAGUAUCUGGCGUGAAGACAAGCGGCCACGCUUCGCAGAGAUUCCCGUCGAUGAAUAUGGCUGUAUGCAAAUUCCUCGCCUCGUUCAGCAAGUUGUCAGGGACCGAGACCACUGUACCAUACGCGGCAAUAAGCACGAAGUGAUACUCUUCGCAAACAUUGGAACAACGUUCAUCGGCGGCCGUGACGAAAUCAAAGGCAUUCGUAGUGCCUUACGAACCAUUGGGGCUGAGGUUGACUACAUUCAUGUUGAUGGUGCCCUCGACCUUGGCUUUGCCCCUGACAGUGUCUCAUUGGGGCCUCCCGGUCUGGACUCUCGUGAUGGCUUGCCUGUUGUCCAAGGCUUGACCAUUAGUCAUCACAAAGCAUAUGGCAUCAUGGUCUCAGGAGAAGUUAUCUGCUAUAGUCCUCAUACGAGUGCCCUCCCGACAGCUACGCCCGUUGAUUCACGCAUCAUCUUCGAGACCUGGCUUUUCCAGCAGCUGUACCAUCCAGAAGCUCUCGUAGCCACGCGCGAUUAUUGUCUCGCUAAUGCAACUCGACUGCGCGGCUCACUUGCAGCCUUGGGUCUCGAGACUCGCUAUAACAAAGACUGUAUCAUCACUGUGCUCGAGCGCAUCCCACCCUGGCUGAUACGUUCUUUCCACCUUGCUCCCGAAGGUGACUGGCUGCAUUUCAUCGCCAUGCCCCAUAUACAUCCCUCUGCGGUUGCCGCCUUUGCGGCUGCCCUCUUGCGUGUGAGCAUGCACUUCACGGCUAUGUUCAAUGCUCUUCAAGCACCUCUAAGCAAGGCUCUUGGAUGUGCGAUACGCAUCAAGCGCGUGCGUGUACACGAUGAAGCUAUCUUCAGAGAUGUCGCCGAAAUGGCCGGGCGAGAGCAAAGAGCUCGACAACAGCAGUGGGAUGUGGCUGCUUUCAAGCGGCGAUAUGUGUACAGCACUAUGUCAUUUGCAGCACUAAGUGAUUCAGACCAGCUACUGGUGGUCUUCUUAGCUGAGGCAGAUGCGGAUAAGCGAAUAACACCUGGACCAGUGUUAGUACAGGAAGGCCAGACGGUGAAUAGGCCGCUGUUAAAGGAAAUUGGACUGUAUGGAUUCGAAUUCUUGGCGCGACGCCUGGAGCUUUAUGGUUGUGCUGCACAAGACAUCUUAUAG